AUGAGCAGCAUCUACCAGGCCGUUGCCAGCGACCUUCGUGGGAACCGCCCGUCACGAGGCAAUCCGAUUGUGCAGAACGAUCGCAGUUUCCGUGAUGAUGGCAACAUCAACGCCGACAUCGAGCAGCAGCGGCAGCAGGAGGCCUUCAUGAGGAAGCAGCUACGCAUGGAGGAGGGUGGCCGAGCAGGUGGCUACAAUGAUCGGCAGACAAUCGCCACCAAGGAGCACAAGGCUGUGGAGGCUGCUGAUGGCUACGACGACUUUGGUCGCCGAAUUACAAAUCGAGCCGGCGACAAGAAGCAGCGUGCGCAGGCCGCGCUCGAUCGUCUUCGAGGCGCCAAGGCAGGGCGAAUUUCGCGCGCGCGAGAGCGACGCUUACUCUCCCUCGUCUUGCCCUUGUUUUCUGGCAUCCCGGACUUACCAUACUAUUUGCAGCUUCCUGGCUUCGAAGCAGUCGGAUUGCAAGCGCCCUCCUUGUCAGGCAUGGGUUGCCAGACCAGCAAGGCAGCACCGGUGGAGGUGGAGAAGGCGCCCAUCGCAGUGACGGAGGCGCCCGCCGACUCGAAGACUUCCACCGAGGCGCCCGCCGCUGAGCCCCUUCCCCCCCAGGACAUCUCCCCUUCCGCGCAGGAGAAGGCUGAAGAGCUCAAGGACUCGGUGGUCCAGCCUUCUGAGGUCAUGGAGGCUGCGCCGGCAGUGGAGGAGUCCCUUGCAGAGGUGAAGGAGGUGAAAGAAGAGGUGAAGGAGCAGGAGUUGAAGCACGAGGCCAAGGACGCUGUGGUGGAGGCCGUGGCGGAGGCUGCAGAGGCGGCGAAGGAAAUCAAGGAAGAGGUGGCGAAGGCGGAGGUGAAGGAGGACGUGGCCGAAGUCUCCGCGAAGAUCAAGGCGGAGCGCAAGGAAUUCCAGGCCGAGGUCGCCGACGGACCUAAGGUGAUAGAUGCAGCCUUGCCAGGUGAGGCCAGGACAGCCACCUGCGAUCUUUUCGGCAUGUGUGGCCCAUGA